AUGGAAGAGGAACUUAGAAAGAUCAAUGAAGAAGAAAGGAAUGCAAAUCAAAGAGCAGAUGCCAAUCAGAGAAAUCAGUUUAACAAUGGCAGAAGUGGAAAAAAUAUCCAAGGGAGACAAGAAUGGAUGCAAAGAAGAAGAAAUAAAUACAUAAAAGAUAAAAGUGGAAUUAUUCUGGGAGAGUUUGGAGAAAAUAAUCAACAAAAAGAUAAUGAAGUGAAGACCCAAAAUGCUUUUGCAAUACUGGAGAGUGAUGAAAAUGCUAGAAUGCAGAUUGAGGUAAAUGAACCACAUGAUGCAAACAAAAAAGAAAGCCAUGCUAAUGUUGUUCAAAGAAUUAAUGAUAAGCAGAUAACACAAGGAAGGGAGGCAGCAAGUAGUAGUAAUGUGAACAAGGAUGAACAAACAGAGGCAAAUACAGCAAAGAUCCAAAAUAUGAUCAAUGAGAAUGGCAGCAGCAAACAAGCAGAUGAAAACAUAAGCAUCAAAGUUAAAAAUAACAAUCUGGCAGUGUUUCAAGAAGCAUCACCAUACAGUCCAAUAAAAGAAAGGGAGAACAGCCCAAGUAGGGGACAGCCAAGUGAGAACAGUGCAAGCAAAAUCAAUAGUCCAAGCACAAAAGUGGAGGGCAGUGAUUCAAGUAAUAUUGCGAAAACAACAAAGCAUGUAAUUCUGAACACAUCAUCAGAUCCACCAGGUGAAGAUAAAAUGACUGUAGCAGUGAAUUUUCAACAAGCUGACAAUUUAGAAGAAGCUGAUGGAGCAGUAAGGCAACAAGAAGAAAUCAUAUCAAAUGAAGGAAGCUCAACAAACAAUGGGGAGGAAGUAUUAGUUUACCAAUCUCAAGAAAUGAGCAGUUGUUAUAUCCCCAGUCAACAGGAGAAACAGGACAUGACUGAGGCUAUUAGCAAAGACAAGGGACAGGUAACUUUUGUUGGGGAAUACAAAGCCAACAUCAAUCUGAAGAGUGGAGCUAAAGACCUGGAUGUGCAUUCAAUUGAUCAAAAUAUAAAAGCAGUUAGUAGAGCUGGUGAUCUCUCACCUAAGAUGAUUGAAAAAGGUGGGUGA